AUGCACAAUGAUUUGGGACAGUUCGGAUUCAAGAAGACCUCCAAAAGACCAAAGAUAAGUUUUUCUGGCCACAAAUGGCAUCUGAAAUUGAGGAUUGGUGCAGAAGGUGCAAAGCGUGUCAGCGUAGAAGGAAUCCAGUACCGACCCAAGAGCGCCACUCCAAUCAAUUUCUACAUGCCGCCCGGGAGAAUUGUUUCGCGCAGAUACCGUUAUUGUUUAGUAAAUGGUCGACCACUUUACAAAGUG